GAUUGGACGACGGAUAGUGGAACUUAGAAUCCAUUGGUUGUUUCCGCCUGUCGGCAAGAAAUGUCAGACGACGUGGCCGGUGAUAGUAUAUGGUAGGCUGCGCAAAUAAAGCGGUGAUAUUACUUUGAGGCUCGAUAUGUCAUAUAGUGAGAGCCGAUAAAGCGGUAUCAAGUUAGGCAUAUUUUGUCCGUGUUUCAACGUCGUUUCGAUCUUCUCGCACGACGUUGCAACAUGGGUCUGUGCAAAUGUCCGAAAAGAAGAGUAACGAAUCAAUUUUGUUUUGAGCAUCGUGUCAAUGUAUGCGAACAUUGCAUGGUCACGAAUCAUCCAAAGUGUAUAGUACAGUCAUAUUUGUUAUGGCUCCAUGACCAUGACUACAAUCCAAUUUGUACAUUAUGUUCUGGCAAAUUGAGCGAUGGUGAUUGCGUGAGACUGACAUGCUAUCACAUGUAUCAUUGGGUAUGUUUGGACCAAUAUGCCAGGAAUCUACCAGCAACCACAGCGCCAGCAGGAUACACUUGUCCCACGUGUCGAGUGUGUAUCUUUCCGCAACCUAAACUAGUAUCACCAGUUGCAGAUGUUCUUAGGGAAAAAUUGGCUACUGUGAAUUGGGCUCGAGCUGGUCUUGGUUUACCAUUGUUGAGCAACGAUAGAGAACAAAAAUUGGAACAAGAACGUCCUUUGAUAGCAGUAGAGAGCACUAUUUUCCAAAACCACACAGUGGCUACACCAGCAUCUCCUACAGUUGCUACGUCUCGCACAAAUAGUACCAUCAAUUCGAAUUCCACCGUUAGCAAUGUACAUGCGAAUAAUCAGAAGAUCGGCCCGCCUUACUCAAUCGUAAAUAUUGAAUCAUCUCUUGGAUUAUCCACUUCGGCAUCUAGGAAGGUAUGUGAAGCUUAUGACGAUCCGAAAGAUAUGUCUUUUGAUCACGAUGAGAACAAGUACCAGCGAAAAUCCGCCAUAGAAUGGUUCCUAAGAUGGUGGAAACUGAUAUCGAGAGCGCCGGUGCGACGAAAAACCGCGGGAUCUCUGUACAAGAGAUAUGCCUUAAUAAUCUUUAUCGGUAUAUUAUUCUUUGUUGGGAUUAUUCUGCUCUUUUCAUGGCUGGGCAGGAUGGCGACGGAUGGUGAUCCGAGUUUCAAUGUAUUAGCAAAUCCUAAUGUGAAGCUUGGUGGAUAGUCUGUGUAAUGUUAUAUUUGUGCAUUACGCGAAAUCGAUGACAAUCGAUUGUCAUGUGAAAUAUGAGAAACAUAGCAAUGACGAGAUAUAUAACUGCGAGAGAAGCGCGAGUGCAAUUGCUUUGCAAUACAUGAAAAAGUGAAAUUUAUGGGACAAUUAGGACAUUUCUAGUGUAAGUUAUAGGUAUAUGUAACGUUUGUUAAUUUUUAUGCAAAUUAUAUCUUACAUCAAAGUUGUAUAUUUAAAUCUGUAAAGGCUUAUCGAUUUAUAAACUACGAAAUUAUCGCAUCAAA